AUGAUGAAGAUCAACUUUCUUAUAUUGGUGUUUGUUGUUCUAAUUAGUCUCUUGGUGGGCUCUGAAGGAGGGCAACUCACAAACAAUUUCUACAAGCAUAGCUGUGAAGAAGCUGAGACUAUUGUGAAGAAGGCCACCGAGAAACAUGUGGCCACUAACCCUGCUGUGCCCGCACGCUUGCUCAGAAUGCAUUUCCACGAUUGUUUUGUUAGAGGAUGUGAUGGUUCGGUUCUGUUGAACUCAACAAAGAAAAAUGCUGAAAAAGAUGCAGCUCCAAACCAAAGUUUGUUGGGUUUUGAUGUAAUAGAUGAUAUCAAAGCACAAGUUGAGAAGAAAUGUCCAGGAGUCGUUUCAUGCGCUGAUAUUCUAGCUUUGGCUGCAAGGGACUCUGUUUCCUACGCAUUUAAGAAAUCCAUGUGGGAAGUGCCUACGGGUAGAAGAGAUGGAAAAGUAUCAAUAAUGAGCGAAGUACAACAAAACAUUCCAGCACCCUUCUUCAACUUCACCCAACUCAAGCAAAGCUUUGCCACCAAAGGCCUUUCUGGGCAUGACCUUGUCGUAUUAUCAGGAGGACACACGAUCGGAGUGGGACACUGCACUGCGUUCAACAACAGACUAUACAACUUCACCGGAAAAGGAGACCAAGACCCUUCACUGGACAAAAACUAUGCCAAACUCUUGAAGACCAAAUGCCCUCCAAACGACCAAAACACAACUGUCCCAAUGGACCCGGGCAGUGCUGUCACCUUCGACAGCAGCUACUACGGCGUCGUGCUCAAGCACAAGGGCCUUUUCACCUCAGACGCCGCACUUCUCACGAACAAGGUCGCCCGUGACACCGUCCAGGAGUUGGUUUAUCAAAAUGAUUUCUUCGCCGAAUUCGCACUGUCCAUGAAGAAGAUGGGAGCCGUUGAGGUCCUCACCGGCACGGCUGGUGAGAUCAGGAACAAGUGUUGGGCUGUCAAUUCUUAGAACGAUAAUAUAAAUAUAUGUAUGAACAGGGAAGUCUCAAGUAUCUGAAAUCUUUGAGUGUGUGUGCAUGUUUGUUCUUCUUUUAUUAUCUUUCGAUCGAAGAAACAAACUGGAGUGUAUUUAUGGAUUUUGAUUGAUGUUGUGA